CGGCUGAAGCGAGCGAAGCCGCGUCGCGUCACCGGGGCCUUGCGGCUGGCCGUGCGUCCCCGGGCGGGCGCCUCCCCCGGCGGCGAUGGCGCGAUCCCGCUGAAAAUCACCGGGAAAGUUUCCCAAGUUUCCCGCGGGCCUGCCGGGCAGCCGCGACCCCGGGGGGGGGGGCGUGGACGCGGGCUGCUUCUCCCGCCCAGGGCCCGGCGAGGAAUGCAACAGACGACCCGGGAUGAAGGCAGGCACCCCUGGCAGGAGCCGCUUGGCAGCGUCAGCCUCCCCUUCCGCUGCCCGCGAUGCGGCGACCACACCAGGUUCAGGAGCCUCUCCUCUCUGCGGGUGCACCUGGAGUACAGCCACAGCUACGAGGAGAGAAGCCCCCUGGCCAAGAGCAGCCUCUUUUUACCCCUGAAAGACGCGGAGCUGAUCUCCCCGCCGGACCCUGCGCCCCAGGGCAGCCUGGGGAGCCCCGGCAGCGCCAUACAGCAAAAAGCGCCCUACCUGAGUUUUCUAGGCGAUGCGUCCUGCGAGAGCACGAAGCGCGGGCAGCCUCUGGAGGUGGAAGCUGAACGGCCCGUAUCCUACGUUGCAAGCUAUGUGUCUCCCGACUCACCCAGCGAGCAGAUUUCUAAACCGGCUCUCCCGGGUACUGACUCCAAAGCCUCCUUCGAGGCACAUGUCAGAGAAAAGUUUAACAGGAUGGUAGAGGCCGUGGACAAAACAAUUGAGAAGCGAAUCGACAAGCUUACCAAAGAGCUGGCGCAGAAGACGGCGGAGCUGCUGGAGGUGCGGGCAGCUUUUGUGCAGCUGUCCCAGAAGAAGCAGGAGGUGCAGCGGCGGGAGCGAGCCCUGAGCAGGCAGGUGGACGUGGCAGUGGAGAUGAUCGCAGCCUUGAAGCAGCGCCUCACCGAGUCCGAGGAGGAGCUGCACCGGAAAGAGGAAGAAGUUGUUACUUUCAACCACUUCCUGGAAGAAGCAGCAGAAAAAGAAGUGCGGGGAAAGGCCAGGCUCCAGCACUUCAUCGAGAAUCUGUUGCAGCGUGUGGAUCUGGCAGAAAGGCAGCUAGAAUAUUACCAAAAUCAGCAGGUGGUGUGCAACCACACCGAUGUCAGCGAGCACGUGCUUACAGACAUUUCGUUAAAUAAGAAACCCAGAUGCCUGUCUGGGACUUCUGUCCCUCUGCCAGAUUGUUUGUGUCUGACCAACAGGUUCAAGAAUUACUGGAAGACUGAGACACACAUGAACAGAUGGAUGAGCUGGAAAAUAAACUGAAAAUGCAAUGUAUAGCCUGCUGGGAGGGAGCUUUUUGCUCGUUGGUUGGUUGGUUUUGGUUUUUUUCCCAUAUAUCUUAGUCCUAGCAGGCAACUGGCCAAGUACCCUUUUGCUAAUAAGCAGUGUUUGCAUUAACAGCAUGGGGUUUUAGCUUUAGUUUUUCUACUUUUUACUGCUUUUAUAGCUUUUUUUUUACCUACUGAUUUUGAGAUUCUGAAAAACCUGACUGGCCAAAGUAGACUUUGAGUCGACUGUGUAUAUGCUUUUCAGGCUUCUAGAUGUCUUAAUAUGAUUGGAAUCAAGGAAAAUAGAAUUAAAAUAUAACUAGUGACCUGGUGAGAUACUGACAAGUCUUUGGUCUAAAUAUAAUGCCAUUUGGUAAAACCCAAUCAUUGCUGGCAGAUAGUUCAAAGGCAUAAAUGAAAUUGUUUAGAGGUUUCUGUUUAACUAAUGAUACACUUUUCCUUUGAAAAGAUGCUUUAAAAACUAGAAUUCAGUAGUAGCCUUUAUUUGGAGUUACCAGAUUAAAAAUAUCCCUACUUGUCCUGUAAAGCAAGGAGGGUAGAGGAGAGGAUGCUCAGAGGGGUAUGGAAGUUUUAUUUUGCUCUCCCUGUUCUGGUGAUGAAUCCAGCAUUUGCAUUCACCACAUCAGAUGAGGUUUUAAUGAUAUUUACCAGUUAAAAAAAAACUGGGAAGUGUUAUUACCCAUCCAGAAAAAUCAGUGUAAUCUCAGGGGGUUUGAGGCCACUGAUGGCUUACGUUAUUUGGGAUCAGUGGCUGGACUUGUAGUCUCUCUUGCUCCAGUGCCUCCACUUUGCUUCCCAAUUCCUUUUCUGCAGUCUCUCCCAGCUGUUUUCAGGAAAUGCCCCAUUGAGGGCAUGGCAGUCCCUUGCUGAUGUUUGCUAGCUGUUUCUCAAAGGCACUGAGACUUGUGGCACAUCUGUGCCUAAAUCAACUUUAAACACCGGCUCGCAUUGUGAAGAAGCUAAAAAAUGGGUCUCUUAGAAUCAUGAGGCUUUUCUUGAAAAAUACUUAAUGUUUGUGAAAUGCAGCAAGAAUAGGAUUGUUCUUAAGUGCCUGGGGCAAUGGGGUGCAUUUAGUCACAUCAUUUCAGUCUUUUUCCAUAAUGUGACAGAUUAUGAAUAUGUUUGAGUAGAAGUUCAGACUUUCAGUCACUUGUAUUGAGGAGCUGCCACUUUCAAGAAGAAAACAUUUCUUGUAUCUGGAGCCGGCAGCAUUGCAUUUCCUGUGCAUUACUUGCAUCUUCAUCCACCUUAGGUGCUUUCUUACCCUGAUUGUGAAUUAGAGACAGACAUCCCAUCUUCCCUACCAUAAACUCGUUCCAUUUAAAUACAGUUUAGCUCUUUUAGACAAUCCCCUCUGAUCAUACUAACCUUGACCUUCUUCUGGUUUUAAUAGCAUUACUCAGUACAGCAGAGGAGUGCCUAACAUCAUCUGCAAACACCUGUGAUAAUGCCUGCUUGUGCUUUGCGAUGUAACUUUUUCACUGUGACAACAUCUGAGAAAAACAGAACAGUACAUCUUUUAACAACUCACACUAAUAACACUACUAGCAACUGUAACAAACAGUGCCCAAGUGAUGAUAAACCGUAAUGGCCAACCCUUGUGCAUUUACACAAGUAAUUUCUAACCCCUAGCAAGUGAUCAGAGCGCAGGCCUCCACCAGGCCAGCAUGGCACCGUGCCUGCAAACUCCAGCUUGGACCUGUGUGACAUUUCUGCACAUCCCUCCCAAGACUUCCCCAUAGUGAAGUCUGGUUGUCAAAGCUGCCAGGCAGGUAAAAGUGUUCCAUGGGUAAGGCUCCUGUGCUGUUAACUGGCACUCGCUGCCUCCCACCAACAGAUGUUUUCCUGACACCCCUCUGGUCUUUUUGAAGAGCAGGAGUGCACUUGCACUGUACACACUUGAACAAAAGUGCUUUUUUCCAAAACUGGCUCUGUCAAGUGAUCAAUAUUGUUUAACUUCCAGGUGAAGUAGUAUAACAGAUACAUGGUUUCCAGAAAUAAUGAGCUAUGGAAAAUAGCCCUACGGGAACCCUUAAGAGAUCAACUUGUACAUCGGCACAUCUGUACUUUGCUUCAGUCACAGUAGCUGGGCAGACAUGAGCUGGUGCCUUACAUUUGUCGUGCUGCUGUAACACUACAUGUAUCAGCAGUAAAACAUUUCAAGAUUACAUUAAAAGGGACUGUAAUGAUCUUACUUAGCUGAACUGUGGAACUGCAGUUUCAAUAUUUCAGAGUAAGAGGGCAUGGUUCAGCCUUUGCAGCACUAGGCACUGUGCUGGCUCUCUACCUCAGCACACCAAUUUCAGGAAGUCCUGCUGGGCUUGAACCAUCACAGGAACAAAGAAUUCAGCUUACUUUGCCCUGUAAGUUUUCAUACCCCUUUUCCCACCAUUUUCUGUAUUGCACUCUCCUCUUCUGUUUUAAAUCAAAUCCUGAAAGCAAAGCUAAAGUUUCCCUAGAUAGGGGCCUAGCACACAGGUAGAGUGUGGCAUUUCCUGAGCUAUUCACCAUUAAUAGCAGCCGUUCCUUGGGCCUUGGCCACAGUCCAGGGAAGUUCUGAGAUCUCACCAAGAAUUUCCUGGAGUACCCGCACUUUGUACUAUUACUGGUGCUGGGUGGUCUUCCAAAGACCAUGGGAUGUUCAUUCUUUGCAGAAGGUUGCUGUGAACAUGGGCAUCUUUAAAAUCCCCGUAGAUCACCAAAUUAUGAGACUAUAGACCUCAGUAAUGUCUCAGCACUCCAAGAUCAGCAGAACUCUACCUGAAUAAAAGUGUAGAUGACAAU